AUGUCCAAUGAACCCGAUAUCGAUCCAGGAGGACAACGUGUGGAGGGCGACGAGGCUCAUGAGUGCUACAGUGAACACGUUGAUCCUAGCAGUAGUGGAGAGGUUGUAGGAAAUCCAACUUUUCCACAAUAUAUGGUCACAGAUGACAACGAAUGGGUACAACCGCUGUCACACGUGGUAUACGAAGAUGUGUAUCAAUUUCAAGACCUGCACAAUGUUGGACAGCAUUUGGACCAUACUGAAGAGGUUUAUCUGCUUAAUGAUGCGGAAAGGGAUAUGGAAAGGAGGAAUUCGGUUGAAAGUCUACAAGUGGCGGCUAAUGAAGUUGUAAUUGACGACAUGUUAGGUAACACUGUAGAGCCUCAGCAGUAUGUUGCUGCUGUCCCUGAAGAAGUUGUUCCUGCUUACCCACAACAGCAGUUCCGGUCAAAUUCCAACAACUUUGCUCAGACAGGACGUCCUCGUCACAUAGAAACAAUUCCGGGUGGUAAUAGAGUACAAUAUAUCGUUCAAAAUUCGCUUUCGACGUUGGAAAUGCAGCCGAAUCAUUCUGUGCAGUACGAGGUCAGACCGGCAGCUAUGUUUGAAGGACCAUCAAAUCAACCUAUAGGUGAACCUCCACAUAAUGUCCCAGUUUUACGGUCGAGGUCGAAAUCACAACCCCGUCGUCCAUUAUAUGGAGAAUUGGAAGAUGAAUCACUUGCUUACCUUGUACAGGAAUACGAUGAGGGAGAAUGGGAUGGCGUCGAAUUAGAGGACCACGAAUACUUCAUUGGAGGUCCAGACGAAAGAGAAGCUAUUAUACUUGCAGGAGAUCGGCAAGAGCAGUCAAAUUUACGGCCACCAAAAACCAUCCAGCGACCAUAUUUUCCGCCAAAUCUCUCACCUACAGAGAAGAAGGAAUACCUACUAGUCAACUAUAAAAAAGCGUGUGAUCGUUACUUUCCAUUUGCGAACGUGGCUCUUCUGGAAGCUGAUACGAGAUAUAAACCUGUGGAAGCAUUCGCCAGUGAUUUGUAUCGAUUUCAUUCUAGAGGAGCUCACAUCCAUGGGUUCUUCCGCACUGUGAUUGAUACAAGAGAUCGUCCUAGUCAUGAUCAAACUCGUUACAUCCAGGAUAUACAGUUUGGAAAAGUAUUUCCUUUGUUUCCUGACUAUGAAGAGUGGGAUGGUACCAUGCGUAGUGAGUUUCGACAGCUUUCGAAUCGGUUAAUGCAGAUCUUUGAAAGGAAAUGCUUUUAUGCCAAUACCGGAAGUGGUCAUGGUCGAGCACCAAUUAUUAGACGUGGCCCAAAGCCAACUCAGAAACCACCUCCCGACUAUGCUGAACAACAAAGGAUUCAAUAUAAAGGUAUCCCACGGGGUUUCCAACCACUGAGAUCUUCCAUUGCGACUCAGAUGAAAAUGUUUUCAACAAAGCCUACUUCUUCGCAUUCUCCUUUCACUACGCUUCCAGGUCCAUCUAUGACUACGCUAAAACCACUUGCUGGUGAUGCUUCUACGAGCGAACCAGUAGUAGUACCUCAUGAUCUUGGUACACCACGUCUAGAGGCUUAUGAACAUAACAAAAGAGUGAGCAUAAAGCGAUUGGUGAAUAAUGCGUUCGUUAAUCGUGAACAAGUUUCUUUACAGUGUGAGGAACCGGUGCGCCAGACAUCUUCUGUUUCGCAGUCAUUGACUUGUCGCAUACCUGAUGGUCCUUCAAAGACACUACGCCACCAAAGAUCAACUGCAUCUAAAGCGAUACGCAUGAUUGCUAACAGAACUAUUGAGCCAGCAAUAGAUCUCGCAACAGGUCGUUACGUAGUCUCACUGGAUGAAUUGCGUGGUCUGGAUCAUGCAUCCACUGAGCGCCAACGGUAUGUGCAACGACCACUCCAUACCCUUCGCGAGAUGGCGGAUUCGGCAAGAAGAGGAGGAGGUUCAUAUAACUGGACACCUGGUGGUCGUCCACAGGCAGCACGGAUAUCGAGGAUCGACCAAGCACCCCGAUUUACUCAUAAUUCAACAGCUGCAGCAUCAUCUACAUCACAGCAAAAUUUUCCGUUUAAUUAUGGUGCAGUCAGAGCGCCGUUAUUAACAAAUGUCCCUGCUACAGAGGUUACACGAAGGCCAGGAGUGCUGACAGGGAAUGCACUAACUACUACCACUUCUUCCUUAAUUCGUUCUGACCAUGUAUAUCCUCGUAGCCAUUCGUCUGGACGCCGUGAAGCACCAGCUUCUAAUUAUCGUCGAAGUGCUUCUAGUGGAAGGCCAGCUACUCAAACAUUUGGUACAAACUCAGUACCUGCUCUAGAGGAUAGGGGAUGUACUUCUUCUGAGCAAAUUUUGGUUGAUCUUCCUACAGAGUGUAUGCCUACCUCAGCUCCUGCAACAGAAAUAACCGAUGAGAAUCAGAGUAGUGUCCAGCAAGUGGAGAAGUGCUCUGCGUCGUUGACUAAUAAGGGCCAGUCCCAGCUCUCAGAUCAAAACAACUCUCCAAGGAAUACUCAAGGGGCGUUAUCGUCCCGUGUUACAUCCUCUCAAAAACCCCAGAAAGACAUCGUUCUUUUGAGAGAUGAACAUGGUCAGUUACGCCGAGUUAAAAGAUUGCCAGAUGGGACAUUACUUAUAAGAGAUCGCCCUCCCGGUAAUCUUAUUUCCCAGUUGGGCAGGAUUUCCACAGAGACGAGAUCAGGUGCUGAAGUGCGUAGGUCUGGAUCUCCGAAAGCCGGAACUGUCUGGGAUGUGCAAUCAAUAGUUGGCAAACAAGGGAAAAAAAUAGGAAAGGAAGUGGGUCAAUGGAGACGAUCUCAAGCGUUCCCAGCAUCCUGGAAUCACUCUGCAUCUGUUUCGGAAUACGAAAGUGCUCUUCAUAAUCACAAUUCACAAAAUUCUGCUCCUAUAACGCAACCAAAAGCGAAAAGUAAAAGGAAAGACGUGUUAUAUCCGGACGAUGACAAUGAAAUUAUUGUGAUAACUGGAAAAAAGCGAGAAAAACAUGUCAAGAUUCUAGCACUACCUCUUGUAUCACUCUUCUUAACUUCUCAGCGCAUUCCAAAACUUGUGUCCCGUUUGACUGUUGUCAAUCAUUCUGCCGUACCAGAGGAACAGAAAGCCGGCCGUCCUCCAAAAAAAUUUCGUGGAAGACUUGCGAAGCAAAAGCAAGCAAUUCGAGAUGCGGAGAUUGCUGAAAAAGUGGCAAUCAAGCAAAGGGAGCUACCGGUCCUUGAUUUAACUUUGAAAGUUAUAGAGGAUCCUACAGUUGAACUUCCUUUAGAAGCGACUAUAUUGCUUGAUUCAUCAAUCAUCCAUGACACGGCAUUACUUCACGAAGUAGGCGAAGUGUUGAAAGAGUUAGUGGCUCAAGUAUGCCUGGAAGAACUACAGCCAAAAAGAGAUAAGUAUCGGCAAGCCGUACUUGAGCGAGCUAAGCAACAGAGUGGAGAAGGAACUGCUUCGAAUAUUCGCAAUGUGAGACCUUCAGUAACAUGGGAGUCUAAACCCUUGAAUACAAGCCAAGAGGAAGUGGCGGAAAUUCAAAUUGGUGGAAGUGAAAACGUUGCUCAUUGUUCUAAUCAUGAUCAAAGUCCUUCAUUGUGCUCAAAAUCACAGUGGGGAAUGCGAAACGCGUGGGAAGAAGAUUUCGCGUUCUCUGCUCUUGAGGACUUCGACUUGAACGAGGAUGAUCUUGUGGAUAUCAAUGUCGAUACGUUCUUUACGUCAGCAGAAAAUAUAGACACGUCUUCGGGUGAUGAAGGCGAUACGCCUUCUCAUAAAAUGCGGCAAAAAUUGCGAACGUUUUUGGGCGAAGUCGUUCACUUUCCUCGGGUGACCUCUACGAGAGUUGAUUCCAGUGACCACGAAAAAAUCUCAACAGAAACUAGUAGUACCGAAACUUCCAAAUCUCUUGGCAUCAAGGAGGAACACGUAAAAGAAGAUCAAGCAGAGGAUGAUGUAGGUCGGGUUGCUGCCCACGUUAUUGACAUAAUAAUUGACCAAAUAUCUUCAUGGAUAUGCCAGAGUUUGGAUAAUGACGAUAAGCGGACAGAGCAAAAAACCUAUGGGGAUCAAUUUACGCAUUUUAGAGAGUCAAGCAGCUUUGUAAGUGUGGUUCUAUCAUUAGAGAAAAGUGAAUCAUCAGGAACAGCUCUACAAAAAAUUACGGAUACGGACAUGAUCAGCUCCUUCCGUGAUGACUACGGGAACUGUUAUCGUCACAUAAGGUUCACUACAUCUGUCAUACCUGAACUGAAAACUUCAUCUUUGCAUAAUGCUGAAGUCGACGAUCUUGACUUUCCAUUUAAUAUGUCAGCUAUAGCUGAUUUGUCGAUGAAAGAUGUUGAUGUAAGGCUUGACAACAUUUCAUCUGAAUAUCCUGUUCUGAACUCUUACUUAACAUCAGAUGACGUGACACAUAUUCAAACUGCAGAACAUCAUUCUUCCAAAGAGAAUUUAGUUCUUCACGACAUCGAAUACUCUAGUUAUUGUGAUAUUGUGUUUUUUGAAGCUAUUGGAGAAGAGGAAUGCUACUCUGUUAGUGGAGCCGUUAAUAUCGCAGCAGUAGGAGCGGAAUGUUUGAAUCUUGUGUGCGAUGUUUCUAUUAAUUUAUCUCAUACUGAAUUCAUUUGUAACCACGUUGAGGAGCGAUGUUUUGAUGUCCAGAAAAACUUUACGGGAUUCACUUAUUCGAGCCAGCAGUGCAUGCAUUCAAUUCGCACUAUGGACACGAACUUCAGUGGGAAUGAUGAACAUCUUCAAGUUUCCUUUUCAUUGCUAUGUGCCAACGCUGAAGUGGAUCAGCUCAACAUCAUCGUGUCGGAUUUAUCACUGAUUCACUUGACUCAUGAUACUAUUGAAAAUAUUAUGUUUGAAUCGUUAGUGGGAACGGACGAGGAUUUUGAAGGAAUUAGUGUUUCCACUAUUGAAACUAUAAUUAUUCCUUCUGAAGAAUACUGUUCCUUUAGCAACAUUUCGACGUCUAAUGUUAUUAAGGAUGGUCGACUGGCAGAAAGUAUUCUUUUUUCUCACAAUGUUCCUUGUGCGGAGCAGGAGCGUAAUGUCUUGUCAGUGAUUCAGAUCGACUGUUCUUUUGUUAAUGUAGAUGAAGAGGAAGAAAUGGCAGAGUUGGCUUUCGUAACUGAAUCCCACUUGCUGCAAAUGUGUGCAACAAUAACACCCGUGGAAUUGAAGCCUAUGAUCGGUACUGGAAACGAAGUGAUGGCUGAAUCGCUCGCAUGUGGUGUACCUCUUGGGACAACUAUAAGUGGUGAACUGAAGGAGUCAUGCAUUCCUUCGUUUCUGGGACGAGAAGACACGCGUGAGGGACCUUAUCUACAGAGUGACGACCCGCCCGACAGUGGAUUUUCUCCGAUAACGUAUUUGGAACAGUGUUUCAUCCAGUCUCCUGAUAUUUUUGGAAUAAAGGCAGAUGUCUCCAGAAAAAAACGAAGAAUGAAACACUCUGCAUCAACAUCUGACCAAUUUACGGGUCCAAUCACUAGAAGCAGGGCCAAGCGUUUAAGCGCAGAGAGUGAGGGAAGUAUUGUCAAGUUUACUGCAAACGACACCAGUACUGCUUUGGAUCAUCUGUGGAGAAGAACACACUACACCGCUGGUGAAAGCCUAAUCGGCACUGUGGCCAUUAUCUGUAAAGCACUCAGGCUGGCUACGAUAAAGUCCAGAAAUCCUAUUGUCACCUUGGAACCAGAUAUGACCAAGCUGGUCACUUCAAUGCAUCCAGUGACACCCUUUCGUCUCUCUCUGCCUCGCUGUGAAGGAAGUUUGGAGUCUGCUUUGAUGCAGUACGAAGCAGGUGUUAAGUGUAUCCUGGAGCAAGUGAAGAGCACAAGGUCUAUUAUAGAGAAUAUUCGUUCAACUUCACAUUGGACUUUGCAUUUUCUUAUGGACGCGCAGCUCUACAUGCUAGACAUCCAGUACGAAAUUUGGGAAUAUUUGACACGGUGUGUUCAGUUGGGUGUCUUCAGUGUAUAUCAGUGCUCCCUUUGGGAGACCCAUCAUCAGUUGUUUGAUGCGCGUAUGCAUUGCUUGCUUUUCGAAAUGAAUGCCGCAGUAGCCCUUUCUUCACAAGCAGAGAUGUGCUCCUCCUACGUCCGACGAUUCGAGGAAUGGAAUAGAAAAACCAAUAAUUUCUCCUCCAUAUACAAUAAUGCACACGGUCUCGCCUUGUCAUUAAUCAAGCAUAUCACUAUUCCUAAUGCACUAACCCGGUUGCAAUCUAUGACACAUUGGAAUUCAAAAGAACGUCCAUACAAAAGCAGUGAGGAGGUGUUUUUCGUUGACCUGGUUCCGUUUUUUGAAGUCGGCACAUGUCCAUUUGCCAACGCAGAUUUCGAUAUGGAGAAGUUCUUCCUUGGUGCACAAUCGAUUGAACGUGGUUCGCUCGAGAACUUGAUCGGCGAUAAUGUUACCCAAAACAACAGCGCUAACGGAUUCUCGUUUCUGUUCCCUUCUUUUGCUGUCUUAGCAAUAUGUCGGAAUCAGAUUUACAAAGAAGUUUCCUCGUAUUUUAGCAAUCACAUAGAUGAACUAAUGCACAACGACCAUUAUCAUCUAUCCCUGAUUUCACCAAUGUCUCGGGCUUAUGUUUUAUCGCGAUUUCAUGAAACUCGUGCGAAGUUUUUAAUGCGAAAUAACAUCAUGAAUCUUAGUAAAAUAAUCGCAAAGCUUAACUCGACUUUCGACGAAUUGAGGAGGAUCGUGGAUAAAACGGGUCAGGUAGAACUUGAUUGCCCAUGUGGUCAGGUGGUAUUCUUUUUUGAAAGCGGCAAGGUGGGCGUGAAUAUCAACAGUCUAAGUACUGAAAAUGUUCACGUUCCUGAUACAGUAUUAGCAGAAGAAGGUCGUCGUAUAAUGGGUGAUUGCGUUAAAAACACGGUGUUCGAUCCACUCACCAUCAUUGAGCAGGAAAAAGGGAAUAACUUGACAGUGAAACACGAACGUAUGAAAAAAUCUAUUGAAAUAGUGAAAGACUGGGUGAUGAGUGUCUCUUCUACAUACAAUGACGAAGUCCAUUGUGAAACAACUGAUGUGGGCGUGGAAUGCGUUGAGCCUAUGGAAGUGAUCUAUCCGUCCAAUCCAGCUCACGUAACUGUAAUUGAGGAUGUCGAUGACGAAAGUGACAGUUUGGCUUCAGUGGUAUUGAAACAGGCGAAGAAAAAAUGUUGCAAUUUCGACACUGUAACAACUACCAUUGCCGGUCGUAGAAUAGAGUAUUCGGUUAAUUGUGCGGAUGGAGUCCUGAAGAUGAAAACUAUGGAUUCCUUGACAGAUGAUACAUCAACAGAUAAUUUAUCGGCUACUAACACAAUUACGACUGCAUCUUUCAACUCGUUCGAUCAAAUUGAAACCUUAAAAAUUAUUCGUUCUCACGAGACUGGCGAGUUGAAUUGGAUCGCGAUGAUAAAAAACGCCCUCGACGCAAUUCCGGCUCCAAAAAUGAUGCCAGCUUUUUUACGAAGAAGUGGCUCAUCAGAUUGUCAAAUUGAUGUAAUGAAGGCUCACGAACAUGCCAACCAUUUCGUCCAAGAACUCGAUGAAAAUGGAGAAUUUAUUGAUCAGCGUAAGGAACAGAGAGAAAGAAUUCGGCAGUUCCAACAUGUGGAUUAUUUCGAACGUAAAAGAAAUACCAGCGGAACCUCUCUCGAAUUCACCGUGCCUAAAGCAGAUGAACGCGAUAAAGUUCCUUUAUACGCGUUGUGGAUUUCUGAGGUCGUUCGCUAUGCUGACAUCGAAAGGAAAAGAAUGAUGCAGCUGAGGCCAAUUAACAAUGUUGGACGUUGCCGUGCAGCUCGUUCGGAAAUGAUUCGAGAGUUCGCCAUUCCUUGCAAACGAGCGAGACGAUGCAAUUCAACUCCUCCUUGGUUCGGGCGUACGGUUUACGAGCACUAUGGAGAUGAUUUGUCACUGGGUAUGGCUCGACUUGAAUACGAAAUUUCUGGCCGGAAAAUGCAACCUGAUCCUCAGAUUGGGUCUCAUGAUGACGCCAUCACACAUUACUUUGUAAGUAGGAACAAUUCGCCGUCCACAAUGGUUGAUCCUUUAGAGCUACUCGAGAACCCAUAUUCAUUCUUUGAACACAAGCCUGUCGCAGGAAGACGGAUUUUGCCUCCACUUGUAGAGAGUUCCCUGGUUAAGAAGGUUUGUCUCUACGAUCCUCCUAUCUUCGCCCCUUUUACUUCUUUGAAGAAUGAACCGGAAACUUUGUACCCACCGUGUGACUCUGAUUUCGAUUCAAGCGAUGAUGAGCUAUAA